AUGAAAAGGGCUCUUCAUACACUCACCAUGUCCACCACUACUGCCCGAUCUGCUUCGCAGCCGCAAUGGAGACAGCCUGCCAAAACGGCUUCGGUUCCAUUGAUGAUUUACAAUUCCUUAACUAGAACAAAAACUGAAUUCAAUACAUUGGUUCCCAAUCAUGUCACCUGGUACUGUUGUGGACCAACCGUGUAUGAUCACUCUCAUAUGGGUCAUGCUAGAAAUUAUGUUUCUACAGACAUCAGCAGAAGAAUCCUCCAGGAUUAUUUUGGCUACAACGUUACAUUUGUUCAAAACGUUACCGACAUCGACGACAAGAUCAUCGUCGCUGCUCGCCAAGAAUACCUUUUCGAGCAAAAACUCGCCAAUGUUCAUGAUUCGGUAACUGAACCAUUGCUCAAACAAGGUCGUGAAUUUUUGGCUUAUUACAUUAACAAAAAUUUGUCUGAUUUCAACCAGAAUAUAGAGAAAGACCUCGUCGCGUGGACACAGUCUCUCGACAUAACCGCAUUAGCUGUGUCCUCCCCCAAACUCCCAAUGCAUGUCAAAGCGGCUACUGCUGCCCACAAGGUGCUUUACGACUCGGCAGCUUUGAACACUCCAUUGCCUACAUUUCUUGAAUCCAUUAGAGACGUCGCCAUGCCUGCCCUCGAUAAAGAGUACGGCUCCACCGUUAAUGAUCCUUCAAUCUUCAAAAAGUUGCCUUCGUACUGGGAGGGAAAGUUUAACGAAGACAUGGCUCGCUUGAAUGUCUUGCCUCCAACAUACACCACUAGAGUGUCGGAGUAUAUUCCCGAAAUCAUGGCUUUUGUCGAGAAGAUUAUCAGCAAUGGUUUUGCCUACCCUACAAAGGAUGGAUCAGUUUACUUUGAUACUGCCAAGUUCGAGAACGACCCGAAACACGACUACGCAAAGUUGCAACCCUGGAACAAAGGUGAUAUGUCCUUAAUCAACGACGGAGAAGGCUCUCUUAGUCUCGGACAAGAAUCCAAGAAAAACCCAGCAGACUUUGCACUCUGGAAGGCUUCUAAGCCAGGAGAGCCUGCGUGGGACUCCAAAUGGGGUCCUGGUAGACCAGGAUGGCACAUUGAAUGCUCCGUCAUGGCAUCUGAUAUUACUGGGGAGACCAUGGAUAUCCACUCGGGAGGUAUCGAUUUGUGUUUCCCCCAUCACGAUAAUGAACUAGCCCAGUCAGAAGCCUACUUCAAUAACGAGCAAUGGGUCAAUUACUUUAUGCAUAAUGGUCACUUACACAUCCAGGGCCAGAAAAUGUCGAAAUCUCUCAAGAAUUUCAUCACUAUAGAGCAGGCACUCAAUGACUUUACAUCGAGACAAAUGCGGUUGGUGUUUGCCAUGAGUGCUUGGGACAGACCACUUGAUUUCAAGGACAGCUUAAUCAAGGAGAUCAAAGCAUACGAAUCUACCAUGUCCAAAUUUUUCACCAAUGUUCGUGCCUUUUAUCGCGACCAUAGAGACUUGAUUUCCAAUGGAGAACUUCCUCCAACAAAGCUUGGUGAAGAAGAAAAACAACUUCACAAGGACCUCAAAAAGGCACAAGAUGACGUCCACAAUGCAUUCUGCGAUAAUUUAUCGUCGCAUGUUGCCUUGAGAGUACUUCUGGAUCUCGUAUCUAAAACUAAUAAUUACAUCCAACUGAGAUCUGCUGAUGCAUCGAAAUUGAGAAUCGAAAGCUUGCUUGCGGUUACUAACUGGACAGUUCGUAUUUUGAGCAUUCUUGGUUUCAAAACAAGACCCGAUGGACUUGGCUGGUCUGAUGAUUCUUCUGAAACCUCCUCUGGUGCUGGAUCAGUGGAAGAGUUGGCAAUGCCCUAUGUUAAAGCGUUGUCUCAGUUCCGUGAUUCAGUCCGCACUUUGGCAAUUGAUAAGGCCAGUGCCGAUCGUAUACUCAGCGAGUGUGACGGUGUUAGAGGCAAACUUAUCAAUUUGGGAGUGUCGUUGGACGAUCGGCCAAAUGGUGGUGCACUCGUAAAGUUCUUGAACAAUGAGGAAAAGGAGGAAUUGAUCAAACAGCAAGAACAAAAAGAAGAAGCCGCUAGACAAAAAGAGCUCAAGAAGCAGCAACAGGCUGCUGCCAAUGCCAAAAAGGAAGAAGAACGCAAACAAAAAAUGAAAAUCAAUCCUGCGGAAAUGUUCAAGGACAGUGCCUAUCUGGAAUGGGACGAAGCAGGCUUGCCUACCAAAGACGCUCAAGGCGAAGAGGUGUCAAAAAGCAUGAGAAAGAAAUUGGCAAAGCAGCAGCAGGCACAGCAGAAAUUGUAUGACGAGUACCUUCAGCAAAAGGACAACUGA